AAGGCCCGUAACAACCGAGAUGAAUCCAUUGACACUGCCCUGAAACCAAUUCACCCGCCUCGUCGUCUUUUGACGUUCCAAAAAUAAAUCCGCUUUGUUUAAAUCCGUCUCUUAUACUCUUGUAUUCGUCUUCACCCCUUCUUGCCCUUUCAAGAUCUUGUCUCCCCAUCGAAGUCCUGACCCGCUACUAUCCACCCAAUCAUUACUGCAAGUGUGCCUCUCGUUAAGUCAAAUUUAUAGACCCAACGAUGGCUCAAUCAUCUCGUUCGGUGGAGGUCCCCAUGUCCCAGCGGACCGAGGCCCAAUAUACUCCAACCCACCAGUACAACCUGGGGAGCCGCGUCUUACAGCCGCCUAUCUACGCAAACAAGACAUUCGAUCAAUUGCAACUCAACGAGAUCAGAUCCGUCAGUCUUGCUGCGCACCAGUUUCGAGAAGGAGAAUUUAUUCCCACUGGCUUCUUCAACAAGGUCAACCCGGCACUUUUCAAGCUGCCCGCCAAAGAAGUCGAUUGGUCAUAUGAUAAGCGCAGAACAGCCCAACAGAUCCUCCCCUGUCUCCACCUGGGACCCUGGAGCUGCCUUGCAGAAAGAGGCUGGCUUAAUCAGGAUGGUUUCAGUCUCCUCCUAGCUAUUCGGGAUAGACGACUGGCCGUGGCGCGCCUAGUGUCCGGCGAGAAAGCAGCCGCGGACCUGAACAUCUUGGCCGAUUCCGUCGAUAUCCAGGACUACCAAGAACUGAUAACCGCUCUCCCUCAGACCAUUUAUCGCAUCAACAAGCACAUUGCCUCUUCGGCCCCUUCGGGUCUGAGCGGGAGCACCGAGAAAAAGGUCCUUGUUUUCUGUGAGACAGGAAACGGUUCGUCGGUGUUAGUGGUAGUGGCCUACUUGAUGGUAAUGUUUGACCUCGAUGCAGCGCGGGCCUUGCAGGUGGUCCAGUCGCAGCGAUUCUGCACUGAUGUCAGUGAGUCGGCGACGCAGAUGCUGCUGGCAUUCGAAGCCAUUAUAAAAGCUAAACGGGACGUCGAGAGAGCGCGCCGAGCGAGCUCCAUGGAUGUUACGGUCCAUUCCAAAAAGCGAUCCAACGACCGAGACAUCUACGAAACUGGCGUCGAUGAGUACAUGGCUUUGGACCAGGAUAGAAGACCCCUGGCACCAUUUCAAGAUCGUCCUGCCUACUAACCGACUGAUCUCUAUUUCCGUGCUCCGCUGGUAGGAACAUUGCACUGGAGAGAUGCGCCAUGACGAGUAGUUGGCAAAGACGACCGGGUGGUAUUACUACAUAUUUUCUUCUUGUAUUUCCAUUAUGCGUCCUUAUCAUGUGCAUACAACCGAGGACAAUGAACAUAGUGCUGUGCCCCCAUGAUGCUCUGCCCUGUAGAGCCAGCGUAUCGGCUCAAAUUUUCAUAUUUGUAUUAUCGCGAGACCUAGAGGAUUGGUGUUUAUAUUGGC